ACUAAAAUAAACAUGAGAGGAAAUUUGGUACUUUUUUCACUUAAAAUUUAAAAGAAAAAAAAGUAGUAGCUCAAAUGGGGUUUAGGGUUUUACAAAUUACAAGUGUAAUAAUAAUCCAACAAAAAAAAAAUGAACCUGCAAUCUGUUUGUCCUUUGCUUCAGCAUCAACCUUCAAUUCCCAAAAUUUCUCAAUUCCAUUAUCCCACUAUUUCUGUGGUGUGGAAGAACAAUGGUAGAAGCAAUGUUAGAUUGGAUAAAACAACUCCUUUUGUUCAGAGUGGUUCGAAAUUUAUUCCGUCACUGAAGAGGGGAUUCAUAGUGUAUGCCUCUAAUUCCAGUCCUCCAGGAAAGUUGAAUUAUGAUGGCAGGGAAAGUAGGGAUGUGAGGAUAAUUUCCAAUAAUGGGUCUGAACCGUUUCGGGGUAAAUCAGGUUCUGUUUCAUUCCAAGGGAUUACUCACCAAAUGGUUGAAGAAAGUAAAUUGGUGUCAGCCCCGUUUGAGGAAAAAAGAGGCUCCUUUCUUUGGGUUCUUGCUCCUAUUGCAUUGAUCUCUUCGUUGGUUCUUCCUCGGUUCUUCAUUGCGGUUGCCGUUGAUGACUUGAUCAAGAAUGCAACCUUUGCAGAAAUUGUUACAUCAUUUUUCUCUGAGGUCAUGUUUUAUAUUGGCCUUGCGACAUAUCUUCGGGUCACUGACAGUGUUCAGAAGCCAUAUCUACAAUUCAGUGCAAAGAGAUGGAGCCUCAUAACUGGGCUAAAGGGAUAUAUAACAUCUGCUUUCUUUGUAAUGGGGUUUAAAAUAUUUGCCCCACUCUUCGCUCUUUAUGUUACCUGGCCUUCACUUGGUUUACCGGGCUUGGUUGCAGUGGCACCUUUUCUGCUUGGCUGUUUGGUACAGUAUUUAUUCGAGCGAUUUCUGGACAGACACGGAUCAUCUUCUUGGCCCUUGGUGCCAAUUAUUUUUGAGGUUUAUAGGAUAUAUCAGUUGACGAGAGCCAUGCAUUUUGUGGAGAAGUUGAUGUUUUCCAUGAGCGGAGCUCCUGUUACCCCCGAGUUGUUUGACAGAAGUGGUGCAUUGGUUGCUUUGAUAGUGACUUUCCAAGUCUUAGGAGUAACUUGCUUGUGGUCCUUGCUUACAUUUCUUCAAAGGCUCUUUCCUUCCAGACCUGUUUCUGAAAACUACUAAUCUUUGUAGAUGAAGAUGUUGAUCUUUUUCCUCUUUUGUUUUAUAGGAACUUUGAUCUGCAUUACUUUAAAUUAUUUUGUGAAGUAUGUGAUCCCAAUUCUGAGCCAAUUAAUAGAGAAAUGCCUUGGCUUUCACUUAAUCAA